CAGAUUGUGGUUGAGAAUUUUGGAUGUAUGGGCGAUGGAUCAUCUUAUCUAUUUCUCCCGCCACUCACUUGCUUCCCAUAUUUUCAACCCCAUAAUCCUAAACAACAAAACACCAAACAACAUUCUCUAUAAAAGCAAGCUGAAGAACCAACCAACUGACCUCUGAGUUUUCAGUUGCAGACAGCCAUGGCCUCCAAUGCAGCUCUGGCUUCCACCAGAAUCCCCACUAUCACUAGGCUACCCGCCAAAACCUCUGUCUCAACCUCCUUCCCUUCCCACUGCUCUACCAAGAGAUCGGAAGUAGCAGAAUUCUCGGGGCUACGAUCCAGCGGCAGUGUGAGCUACGCCAAGUACGUGAAGGACUCAUCCUUCUUCGACGCUGUGUCGGCCCAAUUUACCCCCAAGGCUGCAGGGUCAGGUGUUGUUAAGGUAGAAACAGUUGCUAAGCUGAAGGUAGCAAUCAACGGAUUUGGAAGAAUUGGCCGCAACUUUCUCCGCUGCUGGCACGGUAGAAAGGACUCACCACUAGAGGUCGUGGUGGUCAACGACAGUGGUGGUGUCAAAAAUGCUUCUCACUUGCUCAAGUACGACUCCAUGUUGGGUACCUUCAAAGCCGAUGUUAAGAUCGUUGAUAACGAGACCAUUAGUGUCGAUGGAAAGUUGAUUAAGGUUGUUUCCAGCCGAGACCCUCUUAAGCUUCCCUGGGCUGAACUCGGCAUCGAUAUUGUUAUCGAGGGAACUGGGGUGUUUGUGGACGGGCCAGGAGCAGGCAAGCACAUCCAAGCCGGUGCUAAGAAAGUCAUCAUCACCGCACCUGCAAAAGGUGCCGAUAUUCCAACAUAUGUUGUUGGUGUUAACGAGCAGGACUAUGAUCAUGAUGUUGCCAACAUUGUUAGCAACGCGUCUUGCACCACCAACUGCUUGGCUCCUUUCGUGAAGGUCAUGGACGAAGAAUUCAAUAUCGUGAAGGGAACGAUGACCACAACUCACUCCUACACCGGUGACCAGAGGCUAUUGGAUGCUUCACACAGGGACUUGAGGAGAGCUCGAGCGGCGGCAUUGAACAUAGUUCCAACGAGUACGGGUGCAGCCAAGGCUGUGUCUUUGGUCCUGCCACAGCUUAAGGGCAAGCUCAAUGGCAUAGCACUUCGUGUUCCCACCCCUAAUGUCUCGGUUGUUGACCUUGUGGUCAAUGUUGCUAAGAAGGGACUAACGGCUGAAGAUGUAAAUGCUGCUUUCAGGAAAGCCGCCGACGGGCCAUUGAAAGGAAUCUUGUCGGUUUGUGACGAGCCACUUGUGUCAGUGGACUUUAGGUGCUCUGAUGUUUCGUCCACUAUUGACUCAUCGUUGACCAUGGUCAUGGGUGACGAUAUGGUUAAGGUUGUUGCUUGGUAUGACAAUGAGUGGGGAUACAGUCAACGUGUGGUUGAUCUGGCACAUUUGGUGGCGGCCAAAUGGCCAGGUGCUGCACCAGUAGGAAGCGGAGAUCCGUUGGAGGACUUUUGCAAGAAAAAUCCCGGUGAAGAAGAGUGCAAAGUUUACGAAUUUUAAUUAUAUCCUUUGUUCAUACUAUAUUCUUCUUCUCUUCGAGCUUUCCAUAAAAUGUCAUAGUCAUCAUAUAUUAUGUCUAAACUAUGUAAAGACUUGACACAUCAUAUAGGCAUUUUUCACAUCUAUAUAUAUCUUUAACUUGUGCGUGGCA